ACUCCACCUCCACCUCCACCUCCGCUCCUCCGCUUCUUUCACUGCGGAACCUCCCUCGCUGACUGAAGUCAAACUUACCUGCUUGCUCUUCAGUCUUCGUUGUCGUCAUAGUUAGUCUCUGUGCUGUUCUGCCUUGACUCCUACUCGGCUUCCCUCUCUUCAACCUCUUCUCUCAACUCUCCAAAUCCCUCCCUCGUCCCGCCUGCCAAAAAUCCCUCCGAGACCUCUCCGACGAUAUCGGCCUCUUUCCCUUCAUCCAGCCAGCAGCCCGCCAGCAGCCCGCUCGUCCCGCUGUUGUUGUUAUUGUCGUGGACCAGCAGACCUCCGCAAACCCAUUCACAAUCUCUCUCGUGCAGUCGACCUGCCUCUGAAUUGGCAAACCCAUAUAUACCCAUUCACAACCUCUUUGUGAGGCACAAUCCUCCGCCGACUGCAUUCGCAAACUUGUGUCCACUCACCGUGCCCAUUAUUCAGCGGCCGUCGACUUCCGCAUACAUUGUGACAUGGAUUUGCCCAUAAUUCCUUGACAAGCUACAAAUUAUGGUCACUGAGCAUAGUUUCCUUACCAUCAGACAGCUUGGGAGUGAGGACCACUGCCCGGUGCGAGAAUGCAGGACGCUACGACGGCUCGGAAACCGAUCCCGAAAUCAUCGGCACCCUCGUACAAAAUGCCACCCAAAAUGCCUUCGCUCGUGGUGCCCCGGUCGGGGCUGCCGCUCGAGGUUGGUGCACCAUCGGGCGCCGCCUCGAAUGGUCUCAUCGGCCUCACCUUGACCGAUACUUUGAUUGAGGAGAUGAUAAAUUGCGUGCAGAGUGGAGAGGCUAUACGAUUUUCCCUGGGACCCGAUUCUUCGAUUUCAUAUGGUUCCAAAACUCACCAACUCACUUCCACCGAAGAUCCCUUCUCAUACGACAUUUUCCAAAAUCAUAAAGCAUCUACAGGUUCACCGACGAAUAUCGAUUCAGCAAUGGCGAACCCAGCACCCCGCGGCCCGGGCAAAUCUGCCUCUCGCGGCUUAUGGAACCUGGGGUCACUGACCAAGAAUUAUACCAAUAUCAGGACUGAGAUGGUUGAUGCGCGAGGAAGAACAGUGAAGCAGAUGGCCAACGACAAGGUUUCCAAAACCAGCCCAAAAUUAAAGGAACCUACCCAAGGUUCUGACGACGCACUCGAAACUCUGAGAAAUACCAUGGCCAUGGAGAAUGCAAAGAAAUCGGCCAGCACGACUCAACUUGUCAAGGACAGCUCUGCCCUACCACCCCCAGUCCAAAAGCGUGGUUCAGCCGCUCCACUGAAGACCGGAAGCUCAAAUAGCUUCGCAUCCAAGAGAGCGCUUGGAAAAUCCAAUAUGAGGUCCUCCUUACCUACAAGUCCAGCUUUGAACGCCAUCUCGUCGCCUUCACUGGGCCCUACAUCAGUUCCUGCGUCGCAACAGCAAGCCGAGAAGACCAAAGCAAUUAGGGGCCCAAUCAUCCACAGGCUGGCUCUGGGACCUGCAACGAUGGGCGAACUGGAGAAGCUGAGAACGUCUGCUGCCACACCAAUUGAAUACAAGCAUGCAAUCGAGAAGGUGGCCGAUGAGGAAGAUGGGAAGUGGAAGUUGACUCGGAAAUUCUUCAGGGAGUUGGAUGUUUGGAAGCAUGACUAUGAAUCGGAUGCGCAACGUCAAACCGCAAUUGAAAACGCCAUUCAUGUCUACGACAGGUUGCGGCUGAACCCAUCGGAACCUGAAUGGCAGAUGCUACUGCCUGUGGCGGAGCGCGGAACGGGAAAGUGCCUGAGCAGGAUCCAGGCAAAGAUUGCUGUUGGUGGAAACUUCGCUGCCAAAUCCAAGCCCAAGACCUCAGAGGACUCUAGUCGCGAGAGCGCUGGCGAGGACGGUGAUAAGGCUUCCAAGCCUGCAAAGAGCGCGGGUAUGGCUCGCACAACAUCACAGAACUCUGCCACGAAGAGCAAGGCUGCAAAAGAUCGGGAGGCCCAGGAUAAGCGCCUCUCUGGCAAAUCGUCCGCGGCAAAGCCAGCCCCUAAGAAGGUAGCCCCCCCCAAGAAACAGGCCAAGACUACGUUCAAGUCUGCCCAGUUUGUCAGCGAUUCAGAAGAAGAAGAAGGCGAUUACAUGAACAACGCAAGUUCAACAUCGAACAAAGGUUCGCCCACCAAGAAGACUCCUCUGGACAAACCAAGUGACGUUAAGUCAAACAAGCGAAAGAGUGACGCUAUGGAUACUAUUGAGGCUACCAAUGGCACAGCCAAGAAGGCAAAGAAAGCACCGUCCACAUCAUCUUCGGGUCUCUCAUCAGUCUCAUCCUCGAAGCAUCACGUGUCUGAUUCUGGCCAAUCUACCCACGAUGUGAAGACACUCCAGCACUCGAUCAACAACAGCCGUGCUAAAAUGAACACAUCGCCCAAAAAGUCAUCACCACUGGCUUCAUCCCCACCCACCAACGCCUCUGACAUGGAAGAUCUCCACCAGUCCACCUCUAUUUCACCUUCGAGCAGCUCUACAGACAGCAUCAAGCGCCGCGCAGUCGACUCCGAAUUCGACGAACCCCCCAAGAAAAAGCGCCCCUCUGGCAGCAACGGAGCCACCGACGCCGAGAUGAAGAGCAUCUACAACAGGAACCAGUUCCGACACGUCCCGACCCACUGCAUCGACGCUAGCGCCAGGUUCCAGACCGUGUACGAUCGCUAUCUCAAACUGUACCAGGAGCUGCAGGCUGAUCCUAGCCGGUUGCUCAAUGAGCAUCGGAAGUUGAUGGAUUUGCAUGAUCGCGUGGCGCAGAUGAAGAGGGAGAUCAUUGAAUCUGCGAGGGAUAAAUCGGAGGAUCGCUGAGGGGGUGGGUUGUCACGGGGUGGCUUCUGAUGGAUGGAUGGGGUAUUCACAUGAAUUGAUGAGGAAGAUGGAGAAGAGUUGCAUGGCAUUGAUGCGUUUAAGACGCUCGGAGCGAGUUAUUGAAAGCGAAGGGGGGGAAUAGAUUAUACCAUGGGGAUUUUUCGCAAGCAUAGCUCCGGUUCUAGCUACAAACUGUAUGAAAAGAAUUAUAUUGAAGUAUGCAUU